AUGUUUAAAUGCGAACAGUGUCCGUCGGUUUUCACCGCAAAACGUAAUUUGAUUAGACAUGAAAAAACUCAUGCGGGCAUACGUUUCCCGUGCACUGCUUGCCCAUCGACAUUCUCAUACAAAAACAACCUCAACAAACAUCUGAAGAACAUUCAUGGUAUCGUAAACGUUCCGGCUCACUUGAGGCCUAUACCUGCUGCCCCGAUCACCACUCAACCAGCUCCAGCUCAACAGGUCCAGAUUGCGCCGCAAAUAUUUGUACCUGAUGCCCCGGCCGGUGGCUCCAACAUGUUAACCGAAGACGAAAUAUGUAUGAAAGCAAUGGAUGAAUUUGAGGAUACAGAUUCUUACACCGUUACCGUCAACGGGAAACGUGUUUCGACUGCCAACACCACCUCAGCUGCUAGGGCAAAAAAGACGCGUAUGGAUAUGGUGAAGGUCCCCGGGUUCGUAGAAAUUUUGUCGUCUGCGAGCCGUAAAAUCGUAUGGUACUAUGCAAAAAAUAUAGGCAAUACAACGAUUUAUUCCGACUUUCUUCGACCCCUCAUGCCCGAGAUUGAAAAUUUAUUAAAGACCAGAGUUCAACAAGGGCCAAUAAAAUUUAAUUUGAAACUCGAGGCAACGUACAACCGGCCCAACGUCCCCAAUUCGUCGGAGAACCGGGCAUUUAAGACAGUGGCAGUAGAAAUUUUCUCAGAUAGUGACAUUAGUACGAUCAUUGAGAGGGCGUAUAUAAAGUUGUUGAAGGAGGAGGAGGAGUAUAAGUCGCGCGGUAGUGGAUUUACUCUGGAGACAAUAGACGGCUUAUUAUUAGGAAUAUACAAUUACACACCAAUGACUGGGUCGUCAUAUAUUGAAUUACCGGCGUAUAUCGAUAGGAAGCGGGGUACUAUAAACCCACAAAAUACGGACCAGCAGUGCUUUAAGUGGGCAAUAUUGGCGAGACAUGUUACGGGGCCGUCGGCAUUUCGUAUCGGAGAAAAUUAUAAAAAACACGAGGGGAAAUAUAAUUUUGACGGUAUUUCGUUCCCUACACCUUUAUCGGAUAUCUCCAAAUUCGAAAAAAAUAAUAUCAACGUGUCCAUUAACGUCUAUGGAGUAGAGAAAAAGUUCCAGCCACCGCGUAAAUAUCCAACGUACGAGGUGUAUCCGUUACGUGUGGUUGACGAGGAGAAAUCAGACCACUUCGACCUGCUAUUGGUGACGGACGGCGACAAUAUACAUUAUACUUAUAUCUCAAAUUUUUCCCGGCUCGUACGUGCGCAGAAAACGAGACAUGACGGGAGUGUCGUUUUUUGUAAAAGGUGCUUCACGUCAUUCGACAAACAAAAUUGUAAAUACAAGCUGAGCGGACAGGAGGCCCUGGACCAACACAAAUUGAUUUGCGAGGCGCACAAACCAAUUUUACCCGAGAUGCCGAAGGAGGGUGAUUGUGUUGAGUUCAGGGCGUGGAAAAAAACGGUUAGGCACCCGUUUGUUAUAUACGCAGAUUUUGAGUCAUUGCUGGUAAAGACGGAGGAAAAGAGGGGCGAUAGUACCACAGUUAUGCAGAAACACGAAGCUAUGAGCUAUGGGUUUUUAGUGAAGGCGAGCGAUGACGUACCGGCGGAAUUAUUGGCGGAGUACGAGAUACCGGCGGAGCCGGUAAUCUAUAGAGGCAGCGAAGACAGGGCGAAACAUUUUGUGGAGUCGAUUGUUGAUGUGGCCCUGAAAAUCGAAAAUCUGAUGAAGACGAAUACCCCCAUAAUCAUAAGCGAGGACGAAGAAAAAACACAUCAAGAGUGUAUAGAGUGUAACUUAUGCAAAUGCAUAUUAGUCGGGGGCGAUAAGGUUAGGGAUCAUGACCAUCUCACGGGCAAAUUUAGACAGACCUUGUGCUCUAGGUGUAACUUAGAGUUGCAACAACCUAAAUUUGUCCCCGUAUUUUUUCAUAAUCUCUCAAACUACGACUCGCACUUCAUAAUCACUGAACUUGGGUAUGAUACACAGGCGAUCAACGUUAUACCGAACAGUGAGGAGAAAUUUAUAUCUUUCUCGAAAUAUAUAAGUAGUACCUUCACUGUUCGGUUUAUCGACACGUUCAGGUUUAUGGCGUCGAGUCUGUCGUCCCUGGCCGAAAAUUUAGUUACACCCGAACAUGAGAACUUCCGUGAGACAGCCAAACAUUUUGUCGCCGGAGAUAUGCCGCUCGUGACUCGUAAGGGGGUGUACCCGUACGAGUACACGGAUAGUUGGGAGCGGCUGGAGGAGACGAGGUUACCGAGGAAGAGAGAAUUUUAUAGUACAUUGACAGAGACCGGGAUUAAGGAGAAAGAGUUUGACCACGCGAAGGAGGUCUGGGACCACUUCGGCUGUACGAUGUUGGGCGAGUACAGCGAUCUGUACCUCAAAAUCGAUGUGCUGUUGUUGCGGACGUUUUUGAGAACUUCCGCGACGUGUGCAUGA